UAUGGAACUUCGAAAACUAUUUAUGGAACAAAAGCGCCUUCUAGCAGAAUAUGAGCGUCAAAAACAGAUAUCAGCUAAAUUUCGAAAUACCCCUCUCCCGUACAUAGAGCAAGAUAAAGAAACCAUUGAGAGAGAAUUAUGGUUAAAUGCAACCUGUCAAGUUUUACUUCAAGUUGGUAAACCCGUUCCUCAAGCUGGUAUAAGUCAAGCUGUAUUAGCUCAGGGAAUAAUACCUUCAGAUAUGUCAGUUAGUCUGUCAGAUGCAGUUCAAAAAGAAUUAAAUAGGAAAUCAAAGAGUCGAAUAAGAGGAGUUCCCGGUCAACCAGGUGUCAUAUGUCUGGCAGACUCGGAAGUUGGGAAUAGGGGAUCAAAAGCAAAAAAAGAAAAAAGUGCAACCGAAUGGCGAGAAAAGUAUAGGGAGUUAAGGGCUUUCGUUAAAAAGAUGAUAUUCGUAAAUUCAGCUUAUUGCGAUCAAGUUUGUAAAGUUGAAGAGAAGAUCGCUAGGGCUAAAAAUGUUAGAAGAUGCUUAGUAAAGAAAUUGUUAACAUGCAUGGUUGAGCAUAGUGGAGCUAAUGGAAAAGUUUCAAAUGCAGCCUUAGAAAAGCUAAUAGCCGUUUCAAAGAAUUCGUCAGCUGGUCGACGUAUACCUGCUCCUAGGAAAAAACGAACCAUAAGGGAAACAUUAGAAAAACCAAAAUUAUUAGUUCAGCCUCUACCGGUAGAUUCAAAUGGAAAGCCAGUCUUUCCGAUAGUUCUUCAAGAGUUAACUGUACACUCUUUAGGCGUUAUACCUCCAAUAGAAAAAUUACCAUUAUUUAAUGAUAGCAAUUUAAGCCAAGGCUUACAAGCCUGUACUUAUUUGUGUAGGAUAGAAGAUGACGGUGGAAAACCAAAGUUUAUAAUAACUAUAGACGAUGAGAGAUUUACCCAUAAAUUUGCAUCAAAUAGCAUAGAUCAAGUACAUUCACUUCUUCUUCAGGGAAUCAAUCAAUCCUUAACAAAACAAACUUUACCAAAUGAACCAAAUGGAGCUGCCUUUUUUGGUCUUGAUAAUCCAAAUGUUAUGAGUUUAAUUCAAUGUUUAUCUGGAGCUAAGAAAUGUUCCAAGUACGACUGGAAAAAGUUUACUGUCAGUAAAAGAGAAGGAGUUCAAUGGACUGAAUCUAAUAAGCCUUCUGUAAGUUUUACAGCGGCUUUGAGAUAUUUAUCAACACCUUAA